AUGCCUGAUCCGACCAGAAAUAAUGCAGUUGGGGGAAUGACCGAGAACGUUACGGGGGAAAUUAAGAACCCCCUCGCUGGAAUCACUCACGAUCAGCUCAUGGCGAAUGUGACCGCCUAUGCUGCCGAAUAUGAUCUUGAGGACAGCUUGCCCCUCUUGAAGAAAGGGGCUUUGGUUGCUCAGUCCCCAGCAAUGAUUGGUCAAAUCUCUCAACUCGAUGAUGAUGACCGUCGUGUUCUCUACGAGGAGCACACUCGACGCUGGAAACACCCGUUUGCCCUGUACUACACCAUAAUCCUGAACUCGAUCUCGGCAGCUAUUCAAGGCUGGGAUCAGACUGGUUCCAACGGCGCUAAUCUGACAUUCGAUGUUCAAUUUGGCAUUCCAAACAACUCGCCUCGAUGCCCUGACCCGGAAACUUGCAAGCGUAACCAGUGGAUUGUUGGUUUUAUCAAUGCGUCCCCAUACAUCACCAUUUGUCUCUUUGUUGCUUGGCUUUCCGACCCCCUGAACCAUAUCCUCGGCCGUCGUGGUACAAUCUUCCUGGCCGCAAUCUUUAGCCUCCUUGCCCCCUGGGCUCCGCUUUUACUCAGCAUUGGGGAAGUCACUGUUCCUGUUUACUCGGCUGAAAGCGCACCCACAAACAUUCGUGGCGGCCUGGUCAUGUCAUGGCAGCUUUGGACGGCCUUUGGUAUCUUUCUCGGAACGUGUGCUAAUCUCGCUGUGGCCAAAACCGGUGAUAUUGCCUGGCGACUACAGCUAGGCUCUGCAUUUAUUCCAGCCGUGCCACUAAUUCUUGGUAUCUGGUUUUGUCCUGAGUCUCCGCGAUGGCUGAUGACCAAGAAAAACCACAAGAAAGCAUAUGCGUCUCUUCUCAAACUACGGAACAGCCCUUUGCAGGCCGCUAGGGAUUUGUAUCGGAUUCAUGCCCAGCUGGAGAUGGAGAAGCAGUUGAUUGCCGAGUCGGGAUUCUCUAGGACUGAUAACAUGUUCGUUCGUUUUGUCGAAUUAUUCAAGGUGGCCCGUCUACGUCGUGCCGUCCAAGCUUCUGGCAUUGUGAUGAUCGCCCAGCAGAUGUGUGGAAUCAAUAUCAUCUCGUUCUACUCCUCGACCAUCUUCCAACUGGCCGGCGCUUCCAACAUCGAAGCACUUCUUGCAUCAUUCGGGUUUGGUCUAAUCAAUUUCGUGUUUGCCUGGCCCGCCGUAUGGACAAUCGAUACAUUUGGCAGACGAGGGUUGCUACUUUUCACCUUCCCGCAGAUGUGCUGGACGCUGCUCGCAGCUGGGUUCUGUUUCUGGAUUCCCCAAAGCAGCAAUGCGCACAUUGGAUUGAUUGCUUUUUUCGUCUACCUCUUUGACGCAUUUUAUUCCCCCGGAGAGGGACCCGUUCCGUUCACCUACUCUGCCGAGGUGUUCCCGUUGUCCCACCGUGAAGUUGGAAUGGCAUGGGCUGUUGCGACCAACAACUUCUGGGCUUCUGUGCUCUCACUGACGUUCCCGUGGAUGUUGCGAGCACUCACUCCACAGGGUGCCUUCGGGUUCUAUGCCGGCUUGAAUCUUGUUGCGUUUGCUCUGAUUUUCUUGUUUAUGCCAGAGACCAUGCAGCGCUCCCUUGAGGAACUGGACUAUGUCUUUGGCGUCCCGACUCGAACUCACGCCAAAUACCAACUUACCCAGGUCCUCCCGUGGUGGAUCAAGAGAUAUGUCCUGAUGCGUAAGGAUGCGGUCUGCCCGGAACUUUACCAGACCACUCAGGACUACGCCGUAGCUCCUGCUCCAGAGAAGAAUGUUGAUGCCGACAAGGAGGAACGUCACGCCGAACAUGUUUGA